AUGCCUAGAUUGGCCGUUUCUCUUGCGCUUGCUGCGUUGGCAGCUUGCGUGGUAGCUUCCCCUGUCGCAGAGCCCGCCAUCACCGAGGCACCAAAGCUUGCCAAGAGAGCUACUAGCUGUACCUUCUCAGGUUCCAGUGGAGCUGCCAGUGCAAGCGCGUCGCAGAAGUCGUGCUCCACUAUCAUUCUGUCGGGCAUUGCUGUCCCUUCAGGAACUACUCUUGAGCUCACUGAUAUGGAAGAGGACACCACCAUCAUCUUUGAGGGUGAGACAACCUGGGGCUACGAGGAAUGGGAUGGCCCAUUGCUUGAGAUCUCGGGCACUGGAAUCACCAUUGAAGGUGCUACUGACGCUUACCUGAACCCCGAUGGUUCUCGUUGGUGGGAUGGCGAGGGCAGUGAUGGUGGAGUGACCAAGCCCAAGUUCUUCUAUGCGCACUCUCUCACUGAUUCCACUAUCACCAACCUAUACAUCUACAACACUCCGGUUCAGGCUGUCAGUAUCGAUGACUGUGAUGGACUUACCAUCACCGAUAUGACCAUUAACAGCGAGGCUGGUGAUACUGAGGGUGGUGCUAACACCGAUGGAUUUGAUAUUGGUAGCAGUACUAAUGUCGUUAUCACUGGUGCGGAAGUGUACAACCAGGACGACUGUGUUGCCAUCAACUCUGGUACCGAUAUCACUUUCGAGAAUGGAGUCUGCUCCGGUGGUCACGGAUUGUCCAUCGGUAGUGUUGGUGGUCGCGAUGACAACACCGUCGAGACCGUCACCUUCUACAACAAUGAGGUUAAGUCCUCUGUUAACGGUAUCCGUAUCAAGGCCAUUGAGGGUGACACUGGAAGCAUCACCGGAGUGACCUACAGUGAGAUUACCCUCGAGGACAUUUCCAAAUACGGAAUCCUGAUCGAGCAAAACUACGACGGUGGUGAUCUGGAUGGCGGCACCCCUACCAGCGGUGUCCCCAUCACUGACCUUACUAUUGAGAACAUCUCCGGUGUCGAUGCCGUUGAAUCUGGUGGCUACAACAUCGUCAUUGUUUGUGGUUCUUCCGGUUGUUCUGACUGGACCUGGACCGAUGUCGAUGUCACUGGUGGAAGCACCUACAGUGACUGCGAGAAUGCCCCAGAUGACAUCAGCUGCUAA